AUGCAAUGGUCAACUACUGUUUCACUUCAUGAUUUACAUAUUAUUGACGACGCUAAUAGUAUCGUUCGUUGGCAUAGAAUGUCGCAAUGUCCAGUUUGUUUGCAGCCAAUACCAUACGAUGAACGACGAUUAAUAUCAGGCAAAGUUCUACAUAGUGGUUGUAUCAUUUGUGUUGAGUGCCAUAAAUCGAUUGGCGACGGAGCUUUCGAACAGCGUGAUGAGGAUAUUUUUUGUGUUAGUUGUUAUAAUAAUACGAUUAAAAUAAAAAAAGAAUCAUCACCCACUUCAAUAACAACAACAACAACAACAACAACAACAACGACCACUAUCACCGAGGAUAAUGAUACUUCGACAAGUUCAGCUGUUCGUUAUGGAUCAAUGAAAUCGUUUAUUGAACGAGUUUAUCUCUAUAAUGAAUAUAAUCAAAAGAAAACAUCACAUUUAAAUAUCAUUCAGAAAGCUGAUAAAAUGCGUGUUUCCGGUAUGCUUCGUAUCUAUUGGAAUAUCAAUACACCGAUUAAACUUCUAUCUGGGCAAUCAAUACCAUUAGGUCUAUAUCCUAAAUCAUUGGGUAUUUAUGAAAUGAUUGACGAAAAACUAAAUAAUGAAAAUGACAAUGAUCAACAACAAUCUAAAAAUCUUGACUCGAUAUGUAAACGUUUAUGUUACGAUGAUACUAUUUUAACAAAAUUAUAUUUAACCGAUGAUAAUGAUCCAAAUCAAAUCGUCAAUCUGAGACGUGCUCAAACGAUUCGCGCAUCAUCCAAUCAACGUAAAACUCUACGUGUCACAAUACCAUCUUUUAUUCAAUCAUCAAAUGACGAUGACGAAGCUCGUUCAUUUAUUCCAGCAAAAGACAGUAUGACAACAGUAUAUAUCGAUGCUGAAACAACAGUUCACGAAACAAUAUCACUUUUAUUUUCCAAGCAUUUUAUUGAAGAAUCCAAUUCGAAUUUAUUUGCAUUAUACAAAGUUGAAAGUCAAAAUGGGAAUUGUAUCGAAAUGAGCGAUGAUGAUUAUCCACUUAUAUUACGCAUAUUAGCUGGGCCGUUCGAAAACGAUAUUUUAUUUUAUUUAAUGGAACAUGGAAAAUCUAAAACAGUUCCAUUGGAAGUAUCAAAUUAUCUUGUACUGCCUGACUCAAUGUUGCGCGCAUUUAUCGAUAAAUUUUCUUAUGAAGAAGUCGAACAAAUACACGCAAUUAAAAGGAAAUAUUUAGCAUACAAACAAUUAUUACUCAGACAAUUUGAAAUUUCUAUAAAUCAGUCCUAA